AUGGGAGAUUGCGAACAAGUAACUGGAAAAGGGAAAGCCAAGAAAGAUUAUAGUGCUUGGAGUGUGGAAGAGAGCAAAAUGUUGUUGCAGCUCAUGGUUGAUGUUGCAUCUCGUGGAUGGCGUGAUGCCAAUGGCGUGCUAAGCAAGGCAACAGUAGAAACCAAAAUACUUCCCAUCCUUAAUGAAAAACUUGGGUGUCAGAAAACCUAUUGUCAUUACCAAAGUCGGUUGAAAUACUUUAAGAGAGAAUAUCAAAAAUAUUCACAGCUUAUGCGUCAUAACUCUGGGUUUGGGUGGGACUCAACCACAAAGAAAUUCACUGCUCCUGAAGAAAUUUGGGAAGACUACUUUAAGUCCCACCCAACCCACAGGCAUAUUCAAACAAAAACUUGUGAGGACUAUGAGGAUUUGCAAAUUGUCAUUGGGAAUGCAGCUGUUAGUGGAAAAAACUCAUUAGGAUUGGGUGAUGGUACUGAUGCAAGAACUUUUGGGGUGGAAGAUAGACAAGUUGGAAUAGAGGACUUUGUUUAUGAUAAUGACACUCGUGCCUUUGUACCAAAUCAUAAUGAAGCAUCACACCAAGAUCCACCACUCGGACAUUCUUCUUCAUCCUUACCUUUUCAGGCCAAUAUUUGGACAAGUCCCUCAGAAAGCUCAAGCCAGAGAAAACGAACUAGACCAGAGCAUGAAGGGAAUGGUAGCCAAUAUGAGACAUGUAUGGACAGAAUUAGUUUUAGCAUUGCUGAAAUUGCUACCGACUUCAAGGGAGUCCACAGCCUAUUGGGAAAAAGGGAAAAAGACAGGGAGAGGCAAAGUUAUAUAUGGGAUGUCAUUAAGGAGACUCCAAAUAUGGAUGAACGUGCUCGUUAUAAAGCCCUUUCUUUGUUGAAUAUUACUACAUAG